AGAGGCUGAGCGGAGCAUCGCAGCAUCUCAGCGCCAGCAUCCUGCCGAGGACUCUGCUCCACGGAGGAGAGGAGGAGAAAAGAGACUCUGUGCUGCAUGGAGGGAAGGACAGAGGAGGACUGGUAGUUGAGGACAGGCAGUGAGGGGAAGGGAAACACAGAGGGGGGUAGAAGUGCUCAACGACAGGACCUGAGUGAACAGAGCUGCCUGAGGACCACUGCAGCUAUACUAAAUCUGGAGCUGUCAGGAAAUCUCAGCAUCCAACGCAAAAGAGGAGAAAAGAAGUGUUUUGAGGCGCUGAGCUUAUCCCUCUGGAUAAGCAGGGAUGGGAGUCCCGAGAGCGUCUACAUCACCAGAUCAAACUUCAAACAACAACUCUGCUGCGGGAUCACCAGUUUGAGCCGACCGACUAAAACCAGGACAUGUUCCGGUAGUUCCCCGAGCCAAACAUCCGCUGUCCCCCCAGCACACCUGCCUGCUCCUGGCGGAUGUCUUCUCUGCACGCGCUCCCACUGCUCGGCAGUUGAACACACUCAUGGUCGAUGCCAAGGGACGGAACAUGAAAUGUCUGACUUUCUUUUUAAUGCUUCCUGAGUCGGUGAAAAGCAAGUCAAGCAAAAGCGCCAAGAAAGGGAGCACCAGCGGCAGCUCCAAGCUGCCCCCAGUCUGUUACGAGAUCAUCGCUCUUAGGAGCAAGAAGAAGAAGAAGAUGUCAGCGGAGAUUUUCCCCACCAAGAAGCCAGCAUCAUCCACCACCACCACCACGGUGCAACAGUACCAGCAGCAAAACCUGAACAACAACAACACCGUACAGAACUGUAACUGGCAGGGACUCUACUCAACGAUACGAGAAAGAAACUCUGUGAUGUUCAACAAUGAGCUGAUGGCGGAUGUUCAUUUUGUUGUGGGCCAACCUGGAAGGACCCAGCAGCUGCCGGGCCACAGAUAUGUAUUAGCAGUGGGCAGCUCCGUGUUUCAUGCCAUGUUUUACGGGGAACUUGCUGAAAACAAGGAUGAAAUCCUCAUACCAGAUGUGGAACCAGCAGCAUUUCUGGCAAUGCUUAAGUACAUCUACUGUGAUGAAAUCGACCUGACUGCUGACACCGUGCUGGCUACUCUUUAUGCUGCUAAGAAAUACAUCGUCCCUCACCUGGCACGUGCCUGCGUCAACUUCCUGGAGACGAGCCUGAGUGCUAAGAACGCCUGCGUGCUGCUCUCCCAGAGCUGUCUGUUCGAGGAGCCCGAGCUGACACAGCGCUGCUGGGAGGUGAUUGAUGCCCAAGCUGAGCUGGCGUUGCGUUCAGAGGGCUUCUGCGACAUUGAUGCGCAGACCCUGGAGAGCAUUCUGCAGCGAGAGACGCUCAACGCUAAAGAGAUCGUGGUUUUUGAGGCUGCACUUAGCUGGGCUGAGGCGGAGUGCCAAAGACAGGAGCUCACAACUUCAACUGAUAACAAGCGUAAAGUUUUAGGCAAGGCCAUGUUCCUGAUACGUAUCCCAACAAUGGCUCUGGAUGACUUUGCAAAUGGAGCAGCUCAGUCAGGCGUGUUGACACUUAAUGAGACAAAUGACAUCUUCCUGUGGUACACGGCAGCGAAAAAGCCCGAGCUGCAGUUUGCCAGUCAGCCCAGGAAGGGUCUGACGCCCCAGCGCUGCCACAGGUUCCAGUCCUGUGCCUACAGAAGCAAUCAGUGGCGCUAUCGGGGCCGCUGUGACAGCAUUCAGUUUGCUGUGGAUAAAAGAGUUUUCAUCGCUGGCUUUGGUCUUUAUGGAUCCAGCUGCGGCUCAGCUGAGUACAGUGCCAAGAUAGAGCUGAAGCGUCAGGGCAUCCUGUUGGGACAAAACCUCAGCAAGUACUUCUCGGAUGGAUCCAGCAACACCUUCCCAGUGUGGUUCGAGUAUCCGGUCCAAAUAGAGCCGGAUACAUUCUACACCGCCAGCGUGGUUCUGGAUGGAAACGAGCUGAGCUACUUUGGGCAGGAAGGGAUGACGGAGGUGCAGUGUGGCAAAGUGACCUUUCAGUUCCAGUGCUCCUCAGACAGCACCAACGGCACCGGGGUGCAGGGAGGACAGAUCCCCGAACUCAUCUUCUACGCUUGACAACACCUGCUAAAACAGGAAUGUAUCACCCCGUGGACGGUGUCCGGCACUGAUGUUUAUUUUUGUCACAACUAGAUCCUAGAGCUUUUAGAAAACGGCCCCCUCGAGCUGGACCAGAGAAAUGUUUCACGAUGCUGAAUCCUUUAGUCCGAGAGGCCGAGUCUAACGUUACAAGAAUAUAUUGCACUAGAUGUGCGUGUAAAUAGGAACACGUGUAAAUUCUCUAAUGUACAGAUGUGGCGGCCAUGCAGGCCGUAAAAAUACCUUCUAUAAUAAAGAUGCUGCAGUAUGUUUAUCGUUUCUAUGCUUGCAUAGAGGGCACACAUAGAGCAGCAAUACUUCACAUCCUGUACUCAGUGCUGAUCAUUUCAUGCCUUCACUCAGACUGGACCAUAUGAGGCGUCAUGGAAGAGAAAAAUGGCCACGAUGACUUUCAGAACCAUGAAUUUCUUCUUGUAUCUAAUAGUUUUGAUUUACAGUGGCUUCGGUUGAAUUUGCAGCUUUUUGAUUUCUUCCUAUUGAAGCUUUAAGGAGGUCUGGAGCACUAAACAUCGUGACUCGUGCAACUUCCUCCGGCCUCUAACGUGUUGCACCUACAUCUUUUAGUUCAUUCGAGGCCUCAGAGAAAGCACGAGCUGCUUCUCUGCUGCUGUUUUGGAUUCAUAAGGACAGUGGCGGUUCUACAUGGAAUUACUCUCCGGGCAAGGCAUCCCUUGAGCGCCUCGCUAUUCUCCUCUUCACACACACGGUGCUCGCCUGAACCCUCUCAGUGAGCAGGAGCGCAUGCAGCUGCAGGGGGCGCCAAUGUGCUGGUUCCAAUCCAGACAGUGAUGUCUGGCAGAUACCGUAAUUUCCGGACUAUAGAGCGCACCUCAAUAUAAGCCGCACCGGGCUAAAAGCCGCAGAUAUCUACUGAAUUGAAAACGUAGUUUAACUGAACGUAACUGGACUGAUCGGUAUCAAGCAAAACAGAAAAGUUAUUGAUUAGUUUAUUCAUCGUCCUCCUGCACACUGAAACCACUGAAGUCUUCUUCUUCUUCAGUGUCGGAGUUGAACAGCCUCAGAAGAGCUUCGUCACAUACCUUUUCUGUGGCGAUGUCCGUGUCGCUGUCCGUGUUGCUGUCAUCAUCCCGGGAGAAGCUGGCUUGAAUGAGUUCUUCCCGCUGCCGUCUCCAGCGCCGAACCAUGGAUUCAUUCAUGCCAAGCUUACAUGCGGCAGCACUGUUUCCCUCCUUUACUGCCAGAUCGAUGGCCUUCACCUUAAAUGCUGCAUCAUAUGAACUCAUACGUGUAGGUACCAUGAUGAGGGGGGAUGGAUUUGAAACAAAUUCUUCGUGGUGCCGGCUGCUUGCAUGUGCUAAAUUAAAAUGAGCACUUUCUUCCAUUUCCACUUGGACUUCCACCUGUUUCACUUCCUGCUAAAGCGCCCCCUAGUGGCAGGAGAAGGAAAAUCUUCAGUAAAGCCGCACCUCAUUAUAAGCCGCAUGGUUCAAAGCGUGGGGAAAAAGUAGCGGCUUAUAGUCCGGAAAAUACGGUAUUUGUUGCAUCACAGGUUUCUUUUUUUUUUUUUUUUUUACUCAGCGAUUGUGCGCCCCCUUUGUGUCAUGAAAAAAUGCUGCCCCGGGUAGCCGCCCGGUCCGCCCGUGCCUAAAACCGCUACUGCAUAACGAGAAGAAAACAAGAAAAAGAAACUUGAUGUUUGCUUAAGAUAAUUUUUUUUGUUGGUUUUGAAGGAGACUGGAUGUGAGCGGGGGACAAAACCAACUUAUGCUAAUCACAUUAGAUUAUAAUGAGGUGACUCGUGAGUUGUUUUGGUUCUGGUUUGGCUUCUUGCUGUUGAACAGGAUAGGAAAUAAGACCAGAUACCCCAACAGAAAGGAAAAUAAGAGCUCUAUUUGAGUUUUUGUCCUCCACUGAAUAAAAACCAUAAGUAACAUAAGAUCCUCAUCUGUGCCCCAGACAAGCUGGUUCCCAAAGUCAGAGACUCUCUUGGUCAGCUUGCUUCUCACACCAAACCUUCUGUCAGGAAUCUUAGUGUGACCUUUGACCCAGCUCUCACCCUGGAUUCUCAUGUCAGUUCUCUUGUUGGCUCUUCCUUCUUCCAUCUCAGGAAUGUUGCUAAGCUGAGUCCCAUUCUGUCUCGCUCUGAACUUGAUACAGUUCUCCACACCUUCAUCUCCUCACGCUUAGACUACUGUAACUCUCUUUUCACGUGUCUGAGCAGAACCUCCCUGAACCGUCUACAGGUGGUUCAGAACGCCUGUGCUCGGCUUCUGACCAAGUCCUCCAAACACACCCACAUCACCCCGCUUCUCCUCCAGCUUCACUGGCUGCCAGUCAACUUCAGGGUUCAUUUCAAGAUCCUGGUUCUGGUCUAUAGGGCCUUACAUGGACAAGCACCAUCUUACAUUGGUGAUCUUCUUAGUCCCUACACCCCCAGCAGGUCCCUGAGGUCCAGUGAUCAAAGCCUACUGGUUGUGCAGCACCAGGCUAAAGGUCAAAGGUGACAGAUCAUCUGCUGCUGUGGCCCCCAGACUCUGGACCUCUCUCCCCCUGAGCCUGAGAUCAGUGGACUCAGUGGUCUCCUUUAAAAAGCAGCUGAAGACUCACUUGUUCAAGCUGGCUUUUGUAUGACCUUCUUCACCUCUCUCUCUUUAUUCUGCUCUCCCCACCUAUUCCACCUUCCUCAGGAUCCACUGAUUUCCCUCCUUCCUAUUAAUUUAUCUUUCCCUUUCCUCACAUUUUUUAUCCACGUUAUUUAUUUAUUUUGAUUGUAAACACAUUUUUCAAUCUUUCUUUUUAAAAUCUUUUUGCAGUUUUUGUUCUUGUGAAGAGCCUAACGACGCCGCGUAAAAGAUCGUUUUCUUUCUUUCUUUCUUUCUUUCUUUCUUUCUCUCUCUCCAUCCAUUCUGUGCAUACACUUCAGAUCACAUUACAAAAAAAUGCCUGCUGAUGUUUUGAGAGAUCUAAUGAAAUUAAAAAAUCAUUCACCAAAUUCAUUAUUUAGGUAGAAUAAAAGACUUCUAGUGUAAUUUAUUUCUACCUGCCUCCGCCGGAGCACUAGCAGACCGCUUCCAUUCCAUCUGACAUGUACUACUAAUUAUUCUGGCGCCUCGGUUUUGUUUACAGAGAAAAAGAUCAAUGAAUCAGAGUUAGAAGCUGCUGUUUAUUUGAGGGACUUUUACUUCUCUUUGUGCACUUCCUCCAAAAGCGAUCAAACACUUUUGGUAGUUGCAGAAUCCCACCGUACGUGUCACACACUUGCACUGGUGUCGCGAACAAGUUGGGUUUUUUUGUUCAUGAUUUGGGGAAUUAUUAUGAUGCUUGUUGUUUUGGACAGUCUCGAGCACUGGAUGGUAACAAGUAGGUAAAAUGGUGUUUGUGCCCUGUGUUUAAGAGCUGGAAGAGCCGACGAAUGUGUGUGUAUGGUUGUUGAUGAUGCAAAUAAACUAAAGUUGUAUACACU